AUGGUAGCAAAAGCCGUUCUUCUCUUCUGUGCCCAAGCAUUUUUAGCUCAGAGCAUCUCAAGUCAAUACCUCCCAUUCGCUGCUCCAUGGAACGCGCCAUACAUCGCUGAAGCUCCUUUAGCCGCGCCAUGGGCUGCCGCACCAUGCUCUGCUGCACCAUGCUCCGUUCCUUUAGUCGAAGAAUGGGCUGCUUUUAGACCCGCUGCAUCUAACGGAGGAGGUUUUGCUGUUACCAGCGUAUCACCCAUGGCCGUGACCGGAAUAACCAUGAAGUCUGAUAACGCGUACGAAGGUCCGUUAACAGUGACUGGUGCUGUACCGUUCUUGGCUGCUGUGGCUUUGGAAGGCGCUCUACCAACAGCGGGUACUGGCGCUAUUACAUAUGGAUGUGGUAACGGGAAUGUAGCCAUGCUGAGCGAGGAUAUCAAUACAUACCCUGGUCCGUACGGAUACCCUCCUUUGGGAUACGAAGGACACGGUUACAACAGACCGUGUGGAUGUGGCGCUCACUAUUAA